AUGGGGAAUGAAAACUCGCUUCCGAUGGAAUUGUGCUCAAAUUUUGAUGCCGACGAAAUCAGACGUUUGGGCAAACGGUUCCGCAAACUCGAUCUGGACAACUCCGGCGCUUUGAGCUUAGACGAAUUUUUAUCACUGCCUGAACUUCAACAGAACCCUCUUGUGCAAAGAGUUAUAGACAUAUUCGAUGAAGAUGGCAAUGGUGAAGUAGACUUCAAAGAGUUUAUUCAAGGAGUGUCUCAAUUCAGUGUUAAGGGAGACAAAGAAUCAAAGUUGCGAUUUGCGUUUCGAAUCUAUGAUAUGGAUAAUGAUGGAUAUAUAUCAAAUGGUGAAUUAUUUCAAGUUUUGAAAAUGAUGGUUGGAAAUAAUUUAAAAGAUACUCAGCUUCAGCAAAUUGUGGAUAAAACUAUAUUGUUUGCGGACAAAGAUGAAGAUGGCAAGAUUAAUUUUGAAGAGUUCUGUUCUGUUGUUGGCAACACGGAUAUACACAAAAAGAUGGUUGUAGACGUUUAA